AUGGUCUCCGUGGAGGUGAUAUCUGAUCUAAAAUUGGAAAGAUACAGUGAAGCCAGUUAUGGGAAGACCUAUGAGAGGGCCAACCACGCAGAAUCUAUGGCUGAUGCACAGGAGGGACAACUUGAUGUGUUAGCAUUCACUUAUCCUUAUGAUUACUUAGGACAGGGUGAACGUGAGGAUGCUUUAUUUGAUGAAACAGUGUUGCAGGUCCCAGAGCUCACACCCUCCCUUCCAGAUGCUACUGAGUGCUUGGGACCCAGGUCCAGCCUGCGUCUGCUUCUGGGGCCUGUGUGGCCCUUUCCCCGGGCCGCCCCUCCUGACCGUGAACUGCACCACCACAAUGGAAUCUUAGAGUCAAGAGAAGGCCAAGGGGUGGCUGUUUGGGUUGAGGGGAAGAAGUGGCUGCAACUCUCCAGGCGCUGGCUGCAGGCCACGGACACAAACACAAGAUGGAAUCCAGGACAGAGAGAGAAGGGAGAGAGGAGAGCUGGCUCGAGGUCCCCGCGUUUGAGACCAAACUCUGAAAAGCACCAGAAUUCUCCAUGCACACCUCGCCUUCCAGGUUAUUUAUUAAGAAGUGGAGGCAAACAUCCAUUUCACUGUGGCUGGUCUUCUAGGCAUUCCAGAGAUGGACUCCUGUUCCUUAUAAAUGCACAUGAAAGAGCCACACUAAGGCUGCUCCAAGUGAUUUGUGCACCAGGAUUCCAGAUCUCAUCUGGGCUGAGCCCAUUUGUCACCAUGACUCACGUGGUUGGCGUGGUGCUGCCGCACGUGGGCUCAGAAGCCUCAAGUCCUGGACUCAAGUGUGGGUUUCCAUCUCACCUGUUGUUUCACCUUCUAUAAAAUGAAAAGAACCCUCAUUACCUCCCAGUGUGAUGCAAGAUAUUCGCCAUGACACAGGCUCGGUGCACCCCCUACUACUCCAUCUCCUUGUGUGACAGAAUUGU